UUUUCUCCGAUACAUAAGUAAGGCAAAUAGCCUUCUAGUAAGCACCAAAUUAGCAAAUACUUUGUAAACUAGACCUAUUUUAGCAAACAACUCUUUUCUUCUCCGCUAGGUUACACACUGUCAAAAGCCCAAAAAGAACCUUGAAAUCGAAAUCAAAAUCGAAAUCGAUUCAUAAACCAUAAUAUUCACUCUGAUAUCUGCUACUUCUUGAUUCGAUUACAGGGAAGUUCAGUUUCAAAUUGGUAAAGAAUGUCGAAAUCGGCAGUGGAUGUUCCCUUAAAGGGAGGCUUCAGUUUUGAUCUUUGUAGAAGAAACGAUAUGCUGGCGAAGAAGGGAGUGAAACCUCCUUCCUAUCGGAAAACAGGAACUACAAUUGUUGGCAUAGUUUUUCAGGAUGGCGUCAUUCUUGGGGCAGAUACUAGAGCAACGGAGGGACCCAUAGUUUGUGAUAAGAAUUGUGAGAAGAUUCAUUAUAUGGCCCCCAAUAUUUAUUGUUGUGGAGCAGGAACUGCUGCUGAUACAGAGGCAGUAACAGACAUGGUCAGCUCACAGCUGCAGUUACAUCGUUACCAUACCGGCCGAGAGUCCAGGGUUGUUACAGCACUGACUCUUCUUAAGAAGCAUCUUUUCAACUACCAAGGUUAUGUCCAGGCUGCUUUGGUGCUUGGUGGGGUUGAUUGCACUGGUCCUCAUUUACAUACAAUAUACCCGCAUGGAUCAACUGAUACAUUGCCAUUUGCUACAAUGGGUUCUGGUUCUCUUGCUGCAAUGGCUAUUUUUGAAUCGAAGUACAAAGAAGGCUUGAAUAGGGAUGAAGGUAUAAAGCUUGUAACUGAAGCAAUAUGCUCUGGCGUAUUCAAUGACUUGGGAAGUGGAAGCAAUGUUGAUGUCUGUGUUAUAACGAAGGGACACAAAGAGUACCUGAGGAACCACUUGUUACCAAAUCCACGUACCUAUGUCAGUGCAAAAGGAUAUACUUUUCCAAAGAAGACUGAGGUCCUUCUAACAAAGAUUACACCAUUGAAGGACAGAGAGGUAGUGAUUGAAGGAGGUGAUGCAAUGGAAGAGUGAAAAUCAUCAGCCCCAUAGUUGAGAUCUUAAAUAAUCUAUGAUGGUGUUAUUGGGAUGAUGAUGUAUUUUAUAAUAUCCAGUUUCAGAACCUCAAUGAUUCGAUGUUGAAAUGUUUGUGCCUUCAUAGCAGUGUGACUCCUAAACUGAUUGGGAGCGUGGACAAAUCAAUCCUUGAGGAAUUUAUGUGUUCCAUAACUUUGUUUUGUUUUUCAAUAUUGCAGCAACUCUGAUAGUAAAGAAGUUUUAGCAAUGGAUUAUGGACAUUCUUUUCAUGAGA